GCUACUAACAAUUUAUAGGCUUAUAGUUGGAAUGCAGUUCCCUUACAGCUUCUUUGGCAUGCAUAAUUGGUCUUCAAUAUGGUCAUAUUUUAAUCAAAUUACAGGUAUUCCUUUGAACAAGGGCUUGUACAUGAUGUUGUAUCAGGAUGAAAUAAAAUUUUGACAGGAUUCGAGGGCACAUGUAAGAGCCCUAUAUCUGUUUAUAGGGACAAUUUAGAGAAUGCACACCUUUGGGAUCGAAAAGAGGGAUACCUAACAUUAUGGAGCAAUAUCAACAAAAACAUCAUUAUGCAGGUUUUUCCAUUUUGGUUGAGUAUAUGUGGCUGUUGGUGUGUAUGUGGCGGUUCAAAUCUAAACUGUUGCGGCGGUGGUGGAAGGAGGGUGAAGAGCGUGGUGGUACCGAAGGUCCCCUUGAAAUUGAAGCGAGUAAGGAGAGAGAUAGAAGAGAUAUGGGUUUGACGGCGUCUGAUGUUGUGUCGAUGAGGUUAGGGUUAAGAUAG